UCGAAGCUCGUGUACACCGCGACUAAUGCUAGAAAUGGCUCUUGGCAGUCUGUAUAUCGGUCUGCCUCCCGUGAUAACCGCGUCUUGCAGUGAAGGCAAAAAAAGAAACAAAAAAAAAAAUACAAACAAACAAAUAACGUUAAUUGAUAGUGAGUUUAAUUGCUCGGUAUGCGGAGGGAAAACUUUAACGAGUUCCAGGCGACGCGUACCUCCACUGCUAAUUUCACCUCUGAAGCGGGCAAUCGCUGUUUUACCACCGGGGCUUCAUUAUGAAAUACGUAAUUAUUCUCAUUUUCAUUUCAUCGAGUGGAUUUUUAAUAUCAAGAGCUAGUGGUGUGAGAUCCACCGAGAGCGGACGAAUAUUGACGUCGGCGGAGGGUCCGCUGGAUUCUCAUGGGCUCCAUAGGAAAGGUAAACGGAUUGGAGGAAAGUCACACUCUCCAGGGAGACUUCCAAAGGGGAUCGACGCCGAGGGCACUAUCUCCAGGCGUUACUGUGACCGCGGGCCCGGGAAGUCAUGCACCUCGGAUGACGGAAAAGUCACGGAUAAGCCUCAAGGUGUGGCCGCGCCAGCGUUUGAAGAUGAGGGCGAUGAGAGUAAGUUAGAAAGUGGUGUUGCAAUGGUGGGGCAUGCUAAUGAGGUGCCCAACGUCCCCCUGAAUCAAGGGGUAUCUUACAGGGACAGAGAGAUGCACGAGAGUGAGGUCAACGAGAACGGCAAGAGGAUGCAGGAAACUACCACUCUAGGCUCUACCUUCAGCGAUAAGAAAACGUCUCCGAGUAUUUCCGAGGGUGAAGAGGCUGGAGGUGAUGAUGCGGUUAACCAGGACGAUGGACGAAGUGGUGAUAGGCCGUCCGGUAAAAUCCCGAGGGACGAGUCGCCGGAGUUUAUAAAAAAAUUGGAAAAAAUUUUUUUGCAAUUUGGGGAUUAUAUACUUGCGAUGAUAUUGAAAAAUCUCAAAUUGCGAUUAGAUCAGGAGAAUUUGGCCGAGGCUUAUCGGAGGAAGAUUGGGGUAUUGACGAAGGAGAAUGGAGGAGAUAGUGCGGAGGCUGGUAAAAUUGUGGAGAGACAGAUAAGGGAUGUUUUUGGGGAGGACUUUCAACUGACGUUGGAUAGAUAUCUCGAAUCAUUCGUCGAGCGCAUUAAUUUACCGUAGAAGUACAGCAACUUCUAGAUUCAUUGAGGAAAUAAAUGAUAAUGGAUAAUUAAAUGAUAAUUAAAUCGUCGCUGGUAAAUUUUAGACUAAAUUUAGGCUAAAUUUUAGACCAGCUUACUGGUAAAUAAAUACUAACAGCUCCACUUAAAAAAUUAUACCACUUUAUGCCACUUGCCAAGUCACCUAAUGUCUGGGUAUAUUUUUUUGAGGGAUUCUAAUGAUUUAUUUACAGUUAUUGUAAAAAAAAUAAUUCUCUACAGAAAUCUACAGUUUCUAAAAACUAAAAACUAGUUCUCUAGUGAAGUAGUAAAAAGAGGUAGUUACCUUAUCUCCAGCCUUGGUUUUGGAUGAUUAUCUCGAAAUCUAGAAGCAAUGGAAAAAUUUUCAUGCAGAAUUUUUUGUCGAACUCGUGUUUUUUUCCCCACAAAAAAGCUUAUCAUGAAAAUUCCGUCAUUUUCCUUAUUUCCUGAGAUAUUCAUUAGAAAAUAAAGUUGAAGAUAACUUACCCCAACGACAAAAAAACAUCAAAAUAAUCACGAUUUUUUUUUUUCAGGAAAUGCAAAGUGCAGAUCUAUAGGGAAACAUGACAACCAAGCAAGUAAUGUACAGACGGAAACAGACAAUAAACCAAUCAAAUUUUAGUGCCCUUUUUCUGAUCAUCAAUCUGUGAAAACUAUUGGAUUUUCUUUUCGACAUGUGAAUGGGUCUAAACAGUGUCUGGAAGGUAUUAAAAAAAUUAAUAAAUAAAUCCCUUCACUACA